AUGAAGUCCACCACAGAUGUUCGGGCCGACAAGCCAUCCGAUGGUUCCCAGCAGGGGGAUCAUGAAUAUGGGUCACAAGUUGUCAUUGAUGCCGCUGUAGAGAGAUCAUAUGUUCGGAAGAUGGAUUACUGGCUCUUGCCCUUCAUGAGUGUUAUGUACUUUUUCAAUGCCGUCGACCGGAGUAACCUUGGUAAUGCGGAAACCGAUGGCAUGAGCAAAGACCUAGGCUUCGUGGGAGAGCAGUACUCUCUUCUGAUCCUGCUCUUCUACAUCCCUAAUGGUCUCUGUGAUCUUCCCCUAAAUCUUUUGACCAAAAGAUUUUCUGGACGCAUCAUCCUGCCAGCUCUGAUGGUAGGGUGGGGUGCAAUGGCGCUUUUACAAGCAGCUUGCAAGAACUUUGGCGGCAUGUUAGCCAUCCGCCUUAUCCUAGGGGCCUUUGAGGCUGGUUUCUUUGCCGGUGCUGUUUUCUAUUUGACUCUCUUCUAUACCCGCGGUGAAUUGGGUUUCCGCAUUGCCAUCUUCUUCGGCAGUGCCCUCCUAGCCUCCGCAUUCUCUGGAUUGAUCUCGUUUGGAGUCUUUCGCAUUCAAGACCCACACGUUCACGGAUGGAUGUGGCUCUUCAUCAUUGAAGGCGCUUUGACAGUCUUAUUCGGCAUCGUCGCUUUCUGGUGGCUACCGGCCAACGCCCAAACGGCCUGGUUCUUGAACGAUGCCGAGAGAGAAGUUGCAAGCUUGAGGUCUCUUCGUGAUGGCACCCGGGAGGUUGAAGAGAAAUUCAGCCUCAAGGAGUCUUUUCGGACUUGGAACGACUGGAAGUUUCCCAUCUGGUGCAUCAUCAGCUUAACCUACCCCGUCGCAUUUGCAACGACAGCCAACUUCCUCCCUCUCAUCAUCCGGCGCUUAGGCUACAACACCGUCACCACAAACCUUCUUACGGUGCCUCCCAAUGUGGUAGGCUUCUUGGUCCUGUUGGCAGUCACUUACUCAUCCGAUCGCAACCGAGAGAGAACCUUCCACAUCAUUGGAAGCUUGACACUGAGCUUGAUAGGUCUCAUCUUGUUGGCGGCUAUCGAUGCACAGGCUCACGUUGGCGUGGCGUACUUUGCGUGCUUCCUGCUAGCUGGUGGUGCUUACAUCCCAAGCUCCCUAGUGCAUAGCUGGCAUAACAACAAUAAUCUCAGUGAGAACUCCCGGGCUGCAACAACCGGCCUUCUCGUGGGUCUCGGUAAUUUGGGAGGCAUUCUGUCAGCAGCUACAUUUCGCACCACUUAUGCUCCUCGCUAUGCGCCGACAUUGAUUGCCACCGCCGGGUGCAAUGUUGUAUGCAUCCUUUUCGUGUUGUUUCUCGGCAUGUGGAUGAGACGGGAGAAUGCGAGGAAGAACAAGGAGCAGGGUAUGACUUUAACGGCUCAGGAUGUGGAGACUCGCGACUUGAGGAAUGGCGAGAAAGACCCGAGAUGGAGAUUUUUCAUUUGA